AUGGCAUCCAGUGACCCACUGGCCAGUCGAAAAGAAAGUGGUAUUUGGGACAAAAGUGUCGAGGCUCUUCAAAUGGACUCGGCUAUGCCUCUGUCUGUCCCUGGGGCUUAUUCUCCUCCUGCAGUGUGUCUCUGCAGUAAGCUGUCCCCUAACAGGAGAGCCCUUUUCUGGAGACAGGAUGCUGUGACAUCAAAACCAGUAAUCCAGUUUCAAGGAAGCCAAGGGCACAUCGCAAUUCCAAGGCCUGAUCGACCUACGGAAGUGCGGACUUUCACAUUUUAUCUUUCAAAUAUUGGCAAGGACAGCCCCCAAGGGAGUUUUGACUGUAUCCAGCAGUAUGUAUCUAGCAAUGGCAAUAUCCAUUUGGAUUGCCUUGGAAGCAUACAGGAUAAAAUCACUGUGUGUGCUACUGAUGAUUCCUACCAGAAGGCGAGGCAAAGCAUGGCACAGGCAGAGGAGGAGACUCGCAGCCGGAGCGCUAUAGUCAUUAAACCUGGGGGGAGAUACGUAGGCAAAAAAGUUCAGGUGCGUAAACCUGCACCAGGAGCUUCCGAUGCUGUUCCCUCCAGGAAGCGCCCAACGCCAGUCAACCUUGCCAGUGCAAUAAAGAGAGGCAAUAGUGCGAUUUCUCAGAGACCCUUCAAAGAUAGGGUUGUGCACUUACUGGCACUAAAGCCUUAUAAGAAACCUGAACUUAUUCUCAGAUUGCAGAAGGAUGGACUUUCUCAGCAGGACAAGGAUUUGCUGGACAACCUUCUGCAACAGGUGGCAAAUUUGAGUGCCAAGGACAGCACUUUCACACUGAAAGACUGUGUAUACAAAGAAGUGCAGAAGGACUGGCCUGGCUACUCUGAAGGAGAUCAGCAGUUGCUGAAGAGGAUACUUGUUCGGAAGCUCUGUCAGCCGCAGAACAGCAGUGGUUUUCAAGGAGAAGCGCCUUCCCUGAGUCCACCAAAAGACAACGUGAACUCCAGCUCUCCUCCUCAGAAACGAUCCCAGCCUCUGGAGUUUAUCGAUCCCCUGGCCAACAAAAAGCCCAGGAUCUCCCAUUUGGCUCACAGAACUCAACCCACUUUCAAUGGGAAACUGAACUCCUCCAACGGGAAGGACGCCCCUGCCCCUGCCCUGCCACCGGCUCUCCCGGAGUCGGUGAGCUCCAGCUCCAGCCUCCCGGUGCUGGAGCUGCCGAGGCCUCACGAUCCCCUUUCGGAUGUCAGCAAUGACCUGACUCACAACGGCAGAGACUGUGAGAACCCGGAGACGGCUGACAGACUGACUCAUCCUUUGUCAACAGACUGUCCCCAAACGAGCAAGCACAAUUGCAGCUCGUAUGUAAAAACCAAGAAAAAAUCCAAAAAGCACAAAGACAAGGAAAAGGAGAGGAAGGAGAAGAAAAGUGAAGAGAAAUGCAAAGAGGAGAAGCAGGACUGUGAAGUAGUAAAAAAUGCUGACUUAGUUAGUGUUCCCCAGGAGCAGGUCACAGGUUUAAAUGGAACAUGCAAUAAUUCUAGCGUACCAACAUCAACUUCAGAAAUGCCAGAUUAUUUAUUAAAAUACGCAGCCAUUUCCUCUUCGGAGCAGCGUCAGAGUUACAAAAAUGACUUCAAUGCGGAAUACAACGAGUACAGAGACUUGCACGCCCGGAUAGAGAGGAUAACUCGACGGUUUACGCAGUUAGACGCCAAGCUGAAGCAGCUUUUGCAGGGCUCUGAAGAAUAUAAGACCAUCCAUGAUCAAACACUGCAUUCUCAUUUUUCUUUACAGACUAACCCCAAUUACAGCCAAGAGAAGAACCGCUGCGAAUACCUCCACAACAAACUGGCUCACAUUAAAAAACUGAUAGCAGAGUAUGACCAACAGCAGUUUUAG